AGGAUAAAUAAAAUCUGUACCAAAACAUAGAGACACGAUACUGAACAGUGAGCAAUAAAUAAUCACCAUGUUUGAAACUUUUUAAUUUUUUUAGCUCCUUAAUUCAAUUUAAAUAAUCAAUACGUAAAUAAAAUGACUUGUGUGUAUAUUUUGUCUUUAAUACCGUUAUUGCCCUCAAAAUUUCCCAAUUUCUACACCUCGCCGUUCGUUGUUCGUUCACCGCAAUACCGCCGGGGAAGAACUCAUCGGAAUCCGCCGGAAACUGAAAUGUCCGGUAUCAUUCCGAGGUCGGCAUCCGCUUUCCGACUCAACAUCGAUGAUAGCGACUCAUUACUAGGAUCUCGAACCGGUGCAGGAAAAGGCGAUACGGUAACAACUGAGACAGAUCUAGAGGCUUCCUCUACUAGUAAAAAUGUGCUUCGUAAAAACAGAUAUAGUACAUUGUUUGGGGUUGAUCUAUCCCCAGAUACUGUUGCUGUUGCGAUGGUAUACUUUGUUCAAGGUGUUUUAGGACUUGCAAGGUUGGCUGUCAGUUUUUAUUUAAAGGAUGAUUUGCAUCUGGAUCCUGCUGAGGCAGCUGUGAUUUCUGGUAUUUCUGCGUUUCCAUGGCUUGUGAAACCUCUGUAUGGUUUUAUUAGUGACUCCAUCCCCCUUUUUGGUUAUCGGAGAAGGUCAUACCUAGUUUUAUCCGGGCUGCUUGGUGCACUCUCAUGGAGUCUGAUGGCCACUUCUGUUGACAGCAAAUAUAGUGCUGCUUUUUGCAUACUUCUCGGAUCUCUCUCUGUUGCUUUCUCGGAUGUUGUUGUAGAUUCAAUGGUUGUGGAAAGGGCACGUGGUGAGUCACAAAGCACUUCGGGAUCUCUUCAGUCCUUAUGCUGGGGUUCUUCAGCUUUUGGUGGAAUUGUGAGCUCCUACUUUAGUGGGUCUUUGUUGGAUGCAUAUGGAGUAAGGUUUGUUUUUGGUGUCACAGCAUUGCUUCCACUGCUAACAUCUGCUGUUGCUGUUCUUGUAAAAGAACAACCUACACUUGGUACAGCAAGAGGGCAAACCUUUUCAUUUGCCAGGCCUGAGUUUUUUGAAAAUUCAAAACAGAGUAUCAUUCAGCUGUGGGUUUCUGUACGACAGCCUAGUAUUUUUCUUCCCACAUUAUUUAUUUUCUUGUGGCAAGCAACUCCGCAUUCUGACUCCGCUAUGUUCUACUUUACCACAAAUUCUCUUGGUUUUACCCCCGAGUUUUUAGGACGUGUCAAGCUCGUUACCUCGAUUGCAUCUCUGCUUGGUGUUGGACUUUAUAAUGGAUUUCUGAAGAAUGUUCCUUUGCGGAAAAUAUUUCUUGGGACUACCAUCUUAGGUUCUGCUCUUGGGAUGACUCAGGUUUUACUAGUUACUGGACUAAACCGGAAGUUUGGAAUAAGCGAUGAGUGGUUUGCAAUUGGCGAUUCAUUAAUUCUCACUGUUUUGAGUCAGGCUUCUUUCAUGCCCGUUCUUGUGCUAGCAGCAAGAUUAUGUCCUGAGGGGAUGGAGGCAACUCUUUUUGCAACUCUCAUGUCUGUAUCUAAUGGAGGGAGUGUUCUUGGGGGAUUGAUAGGUGCAGGCCUGACUCAAGUAUUUGGAAUUACCAAGGACAAAUUUGAUAACUUGGCAGCUUUGAUAAUCCUCUGCAAUCUUAGCUCAUUACUGCCUCUACCACUUCUUGGUCUUCUCCCUGGGGACAAUCCUGAUGCAAAUCCAAAGGACGAUUCCGAAAUUGAGAUGAAGUCUAAUUGAUGAUAUUAGUUGUUUUCCGCCUUUCUUAUCCAAGCUGUUCUAAGUUUUGCUUUUGAUGCUUGCAAAUUCAACAUACAUCACAUACACAUGCAGAUAGAGAGUUUUGUAGAUAGUACGAUGCUAAAGUUGCCGCCAGGGCCUUGUUGUAAACCAUCUCGAUUAUAGAUUUUAAUAACACAAGAUCAAAAUUCACUUUAAAUCUGGUUUUGUGGUGAAAGUGCCAUUUUAAGAACAUUGAGACAGUGCUAUACAAUAUGCUCUGGAUUGACAGAAGACAAUGCUAGCCAGUAGCCACCAAGGAGAAGGUAUCUGUCCCUCCAGAACAUUCACGGGCUUUGUAAGUUUGUAGAGUACCUUUUUACCUUUGUUUAAUUUAAUCUUGUGGCCUUUUACUUCUUUGUAAGGACUAAAUCUCUGAAUUUAAUAGCCAAUAAUAGUCUUUUGACAAUGAAAGCUGAAAUUUAGACUUCUCUUGUCCUGUUUAUACAAGCUUUUGUAAUUGUCAUUUACCUAAAGUAAACAACAGGCUACAUGUUUUUCUUUGAUGUUUCUUUCUUCUGUAUGUAUGGAAAAUUCAUUAAGCUUUAGUACCAUAUAGGAGUAAGUAAUUAUCAUGGACUGCUUAUGCUCAGCAAUCUCAUCUACCUAUUUUAGGGUGUAUCUCUUACACAUUUUCUUUGAGUAUUUUUACAUCUUUUUAGUUUGUAUCCAUAUUUGAAUUACUAAUA